AUGGGCAGCGAAGCUGCGUCUACGUCUUUGUCGCCUACACGACGUGAACGUACGGCUGUUCGUCCACGAAAAAGCGCUAUUCGAGCUACACCACAGGUCUUCCAAAGUCCUACCAGCCUUGGGCCUAACCCAGAGCAUGCGCAUAUUCGCACGUCAAACAACAGCAGCGAUAUUGCAACGUUGGUCGAGUCCACGGCACGCGAGAGUUUGGACGAACUGGUCGACGAACGACUGCAGUCGCCAGGGUUGCCCAACCCCUUUGCAUCCCUGUAUCGUGCUGCCAGUGCCUCGCCUGUCAAGCAAGAAGCACAUACUGUGAUGAUCGUGCCGCCAGCCACUGAGGCCCAAGCGGAACGAAAACGGCGGCGCGUCACAUUCAGCGCCUUCGAAGAGCAAACCGCCUUUGAGCAGGAUGAGCCGACUAUGAGCAUUCGACCUGCGCAGGAACGCAAUGCUCUCAUGGAACGUGGCUCGCCUGUCCCCAACCCAAGCCACGAGUGGGAUGAGUCGACGUCGACCAUAGCGUCCAGCGAUAUGUCGAUGGAUAUGAGUUUGGAUACCAGUGUCAUGGAUAUGACAGAGGCAUGGCACCCUGUGGACGAUGCAGAGUCCUCUACUACGGUUGAUAGGGAGUCGUCCAUGCUAGCCGAAGAAGACUCCUAUACGAGGGACAUGGAAAUGACCCAAGCUAUGGCGCCUGUAUCAACAGAGCAAGAUACCACUACCACCAUGGAAUUUACAAGUGUUCACAGCGCAUUACCAGGCGAAGACGAUCUCUCGAUGAAUACGACCAUGGACAGCGAAGCGGAGCAGUCCGCCAUGGAGAUGACAGAGAUGUGGGGUCGCAUAGCCGACGAGGCACAACGUCGAGAUGCGGCGGCCGAAGAAGAAGUGGAAGCACUGGUCGGCCAGGAGAGUCCAAGGAUCACCGCGUCGCCGUCCAAACCCAGCCAACGCUCGCCGGAACGACGGCAGACCAUGGUGCUGUCGCCGGAACGAUCAGGACGCAGUGUCGCUUCAUCCCGUACCUCGACGCCCAAAGCGCCCAUUGCUAUCACGCCUCGGCCAUCAACUCCGCCACCAGCAGCGACAGACGAGGCCGUGGCGCUAGCACCUGCCUCGCCGUUUAGUCCUGUGAAAGCAGGGCCCACGACGCCUACGCGUUUCCGCCAGUCGCUCCGAGGUGGCGUCCCCUCGCCCGAAUACCAACACUCGCCAGCCCGCCGCGCUUUGACGACGCCGCCUGUAGGUACGGUGAAACCCUUUGCCACGGCGCGUGCGGCUACACCUUCGUCUCAAACACGCGCAGCGCAUGCGCGUUUGUCGGAGGCGCAUACGCCGAUGUACCCACGCUCGCCCUUUAUCCAUUCUCUCAUUCGGCAACGUGGUGUGCGAUUGUCGAGUACCGCACCUGCUUCGCCUCAUGUCGAUACGGACGAUGUGAGUUUGAGUGAGACGUCGUUUCACAUGCACUUGGCCGAUUUUCUGGGUGUCAUUGGCCUCAAGUUCCAUGAGGAUAUGACGGCCUCUCGCACAAAGGCGGAUCGUCCACUGGAGCCCACACCGGCCACUACGCCAGUCGAGCAUGCGAAGAUGGCCGGCGCGGCUGUGCCGAUGCUACAAGCGCUUCGCAGUGCGUGUGCCGAUCUGAAGCAGCAUGUGGAAGAUGGGCGAAAGAGACUCAAGACCAUGGAAGAAAACUUUUACGUUCGGCCCCCGGCCUUUGUCCAGGAAUGGGGUCAGCUGGACGACGAGGACAUGCGUCGAAGUAUGAAGGGCCAGUUGAAUGUACAUAAACAAGCGGCACGUGCUGCAGCGAUGCAUGAUUAUUAUGGAUGGCGUACCGACAUGGAGUUUGAUGAGGAGAUGACAGCUCUCUUGCAGAAGCACCGCGAUCUCCUGCAAGCUGACCGUGCCACCCUUGAAGCGAAAGAAGCGCAGCUGACCAAGACAUUGCUGCCGGCGCUGCGCGCACGUUAUGCGGACCUGCAUGCGCGUGUCCAGGAGGCGUGGAAGCGGCAAGAAGCGAUUCGGCAAUGUGACCCAGAAGAACUGAAGCAACUGCAUGCGUCGAUUGACGAGCAGGACCAAGUUUUGCAGACGAUGCGUGCCAAGCAACAUGAUUUGCAGGACCAGCUCUCGCGUGUGCAAGCGCGUGUAGAAGAGACGGCAGCGAAGCGUGAACAGACCGAAGAGAUGAUUCGCGCUGCGCGCGCUGUCACCGAUCAGAUUCAGGGGUGCACACCCGGCGAAGCUGUGCGACUCGAAAGGCAUGUGCGUCACCUGGAGACACUCAUGCAAUGGUCUCUGACCAACAAGACAUCUACGCUACUGCAAUUGACGUUCGCACGGACGUGGCAAGUCACGAUCGAGUUGGACAGUCGUCGUGGGGCCGUGAAACGCGUCGCUAUUGCGCCUGCUACGCCCAUUGACGUUUCGCACCCGCAUGCUGUAGCGCUCGCUGUGAUCCGUGCUGCGAUGGAGGCACAUACGCCUACGCAUGUCUCUGAUGUCUUGCGUGCGGUUGCACGGCAUUGGCACGCGUACCAACACAUAUGCGCAGAAAUUGCGCAUGUGCAAACGUGGGUCCCUGUGACCAUGAUGCCGCAUCAAGAUCAGGAGACGGCACUGGACAUCCUUGCGAGUGUCCUCCUGGAAAAGGCGCAAGCCAAGGUUCAGGUCCGUAUGGUCAUGGACCUGGCAGCCGACGAUCCCCUCGCGGCACGCGGCCUGCAUAUGGAAUUGGUAUACGGCCACGUGGAUACCCAUGCUAUGACACAACUAGCACGACGUGCGCUGACCAAGGCACAUGGCACGUACGGCGCUCUCGCACAGGCCAUUCAGCAUGCCUGUGUCGCCAUGGAAUCGUAG